AUGUACGGACUGCUGUGUGAGAGUCUUCAUGACUUCAUCAAGGAGUCGUAUGGAGACGAUGUGUGGAAGCUGGUCAGAGAGAGAGCAGAUGUCAGGUUACACUCCUUUGUCACCCACCAGGUGUACAGCGAGAGUGUGAUUCCCCGUAUUGCAAAGGCAGCCAGUGGAGUGACAGGCACGCCCUACAAUGAGCUGAUGAACUCCUGGGGAGUUUACUUCCUGGGCUUUGUGGGGAAAUACGGCUAUGACAGGAUCCUCAAGGUGCUAGGCCGUCAUGUUCGUGACUUUGUCAAUGGCCUGGACAACCUUCAUGAAUACCUGCGCUUUAGCUACCCAAAAGUGCAGCCCCCAACCUUCUUCUGCCAGGAGGAGUCUGCCACUGGAGUCACCCUCCACUACAGGAGUAAACGUAAGGGCUACCUGCACUAUGCCAUGGGUCAGCUGAGGCAGAUGGGGAAGCAGUUCUAUGACACAGACAUCCAUGUGGAGGUGCUGUCUGAGCAGAUGGUGGGAGACUACUCUCAUGUCACCAUGAGGCUGAACUUUGACAACUCGGCUUACCGCUACAUCAUGAAGGAAGAUGAGGAAGAGCAGGAGAUUCUGCCAAUUACCUCAGACUUCUUCUUUGAGGUUUUCCCAUUUAACAUCGUCUUCAGACAGGACAUGGUGGUGCACAAUGUAGGUUCGGGCCUGGCCACAGUCUUCCCUGAUCUGGAUGGGAAGAAGAUCAAUGAUGCUUUUUUGCUAGCUCGCCCCCUAGUGGAGUUCACCUGGAACAUGAUCAUCUCCCACCCCAACAACCUGUUUGAGAUCAUGUCCAAGGAGCCUGUGAAGAGAGAGAGAAACCUCCACAACCGAGUCCAGAGUAAGAUUUUACUCGCUAAUGCAAUGGAGAGCUGGGGUGAUGGUAGCCGCUGCUUGAAACUAAAAGGACAAAUGAGAUACAUGCCAGAGUGGGAGUCCAUCAUCUUCCUGGGAACCCCUGUGAUGGAGAGUCUAAGUGCUAUGUUUAAGACUGGCCUGUACAUCAAUGACCUGAGCAUGCACGACUCCAGCAGAGACCUGGUGCUGGCGGGCACGCAACAGUCAGAAGAGCUGAAGAGAGCUCUCAUACAGGAGCAAAAGAAGUCCAGUAAGCUGGAGGAGAGCAUGAAGAUGUUGGACUACGAAAUGAAGAAGACUGAUGACCUUUUGUACAGGAUGAUUCCCAAGCCUGUGGCAAAAAGGCUGCGCAAAGGAGAGCCGGCUGUAAACACUUGUGAGGUGUUCCCAGAUGUUACUAUUCUUUUCAGUGAUGUGGUGGGGUUCACCCGCAUUUGCAGCCACAUUACCCCAAUGCAGGUGGUCUCAAUGCUCAACACUAUGUACACUCUGUUUGACACGCUCAGUGAGAAGCACAGAGUCUUCAAGGUUGAGACCAUUGGAGAUGCCUACAUGGUGGUAGCUGGGGCUCCAGAGAAGACCAAGUAUCAUGCCCAUAACAUCUGUGACAUGGCUUUGGACAUGGUGCGCUCCAUUGAUCAUCUGAAAGAUCCCUCAAAUGGCAACAACAUACAAAUCCGUGUUGGUAUUCACUCCGGGAUGGUUGUUGCAGGUGUGGUAGGGCAUAAGAUGCCACGUUACGGUCUGCAUGGUGACACGGUCCACACUGCGUCUGCCAUGGAGAGCAACGGAAAAGAGAUGCACAUCCAGCUCAGCAGUGCCACCUACGAGCACCUGAAAGGAAGUCACUUCAUUUUUGAAAGGAGGGGCAUCAUUACUAUCAAGGGGAAUGUUGAAAUUGAGACCUACUGGCUUAAGGGAAAGAGAGAUAAGGAUGGGAAUGCUCAAGCAGCGUGUCCUCAGUUUGAGACCCAGACCAUCAGUAAGGCCAUCAGCAAGGCCACCAUCUCAGGGCCUGAGGCCACCGGGGAUGAGGAGGGACUGGUACGAAUUUAG